UAAAUACAUCAGACGACAACCUUUUACUCAAGAAAGACUAGAAGCAUACAGCACAGAGAAGCUACAUCUCAGACUUCAGGCAGGAUAAUCAUUGAAAGUGACGCGUAUCGUCACACACUCCACUGUGGCGUUAUCGCCAUCGGUGUACACCGCAGACCCAGACAAAUUCUGCUUCUCAGAUUAAAUAAUUGUGCAGUAAAUUCCGCGGUAAAAACAACAUUAGCCCCUAAAAACUAAUACAAGCAAAUUGCGCGAUUUUUCUGCAAUAUUCAGCAGUUGCAGUCAUGUUAACCACGGACUAAGCGUUGCUUAGAUCUCAGGCUGUUUUGAAAAAUGGAUCCAUAUACGUCUACUCAGCUGGCCUCUGCAGGAGGCUAUGGGUCUGAGUUUGAGUCUGAUGCUGAAGAAAAGAAAAGGAAACAGAACCUACAGAAUCUUCUUCCCCAGAAGAAGAGGGGAACAGGAGGGGUCGCCAAGAAGAGAGAACUUGAGGAUGAGUACAGCAAAGAAGAAUGGAAAAUCCAGCGCUUGCACAUUCUCAGCAUGGAUGCAUACGCCAGACACAGGAAGUACAUCAAUGACUAUCUCCUCUACUAUGGAGGAUCUCAGAAGGAUUUCAAGCGAGACACGUCUAGGGACAGGACAGACUUAGACGUUAUCCGAGAGAAUCACCGAUUUCUGUGGGAUGAAGAGGAUGAAGAUGACUCAUGGGAGAAGAACCUGGCCAAGAAGUAUUAUGACAAGCUGUUCAAGGAGUAUUGUAUAGCCGACCUCAGCAGGUACAAGGAGAAUAAGAUCGGCAUGAGAUGGAGGGUUGAGAAGGAAGUGGUGGAUGGCAAGGGGCAGUUUGUGUGUGGAAACAAGAAAUGUAAUGAGAGAGAGGGCAUGCGGAGCUGGGAGGUCAACUUCGGAUAUAUGGAACACGGGGAGAAGAAGAAUGCCCUCGUCAAACUACGCUUGUGUCCGGACUGUUCCUACAAACUGAACUACCGUCACAGAAAGAAGGAAGUGGUACCCAAAAAUAAAAACAAGAAAGGCAAGAGAUCAAAGAAGAAGCACAAGUCCGGCUAUAGUUCGUCAUCAGAUGAAGAUGCUGAGGAAGAGGAGAGUGCAUCAGUACCUGCAGCAGGAGACACUGUCAAAGAUGCCCAGAAGAAGGCUGAGAGUGAGAAUACUUCAUGGCAGGGGCCAGCUAAGAUUGCUGAGGAAAAGUCAAGGGAAGAAGAAUUUGAGGACUAUUUUGAGGAUAUGUUUUUGUGAAGUAUCCAACUCAAGACACUGGAAUAAGAGAUGUGCUUUUUGGAAUAUUGACAAUAUUUAACUGGUAACCAUGAUAACAUUACCAGUCCUGCAUUCUUUUGUGUAUGGACAACAUCCAGAUGAUACUGCUGACACUGUGAAUGAUGUACAUCCAACAUGGAGAAGCUCAUCAAGAGAGCUUCACGUGGUUGUCUUGCUUAGACUUACCCUUCAUGGCUGGCUGCAUUGUGUGUUCAAAACCCAUAUCUUCUUGCGGGCUUGAGACAAAACCUUGUGUGGACUUAUAUCGAUUAUAGUGUGCUUGGUUAUUGCACCCUUGGACAGAUGGUGUGACAAUACAUAUAAUUCAUGCCGGGGUAGAAUAGGUCUUCAGCAACCCAUGCUUGCUAUAAAAGGCGACUAUGCUUGUCGUAAGAGGCGACUAACGGGAUCGGGUGGUCAGGCUUGUUGAUUUAUGUCAUUGAUCCCAAUUGUGUGAAUCGAUACUCAUGAUGUCAAUCACUGGAUUGUCAUAUAGCUUGAAUAUUGCUGAGUGCGGUGUUAAACAACAAACAAACAAACAAACAUAAAUGAUGCUUGUGACAGAACCUUGUAUGGUCUCCGAGUCUCAGGCACCUGGCAUUCUGCUUUUCCUUCCAUAAUCACCAUCCAUAGAUUACUUUGAGGAAAUAGCUAUUAUUUUACUCAUGUAUAAGAGCAAUAGCAAUAAUGGACUGAAGUCCACAGUGCAUCACUUCCUAUAGACUCCAGAUGUCUUGUGCACUGAUAUAAACUGUGAGCUAUUGCAGUGCCUGUCAACACUACAUGAUAGUAUUGCAUGUGCUUCAUAGGACUGUUGUGAUUGAGGGGGCAUGGGUGGCCCAAUUGUCUAAGGCACCGUGAUUCGCUGUGCAGAGUUGUGUCCCUUGGGCACACCAGAAACCUAUGAUUGUGGGUUCGAUUCCCGGUUCAUCCUGAUUAUGUUUCUAGGUUUGUCAAC